AUGGCAAGCCACAGCGAAAGAAACCGAGAAUAUUUUGAUUCAAUGGCAGCAAGGUAUCAUACAGAGCCUUGGAUCCAAGAGGGGGUGGCCAUGAUAGCAGAGGGCGUCGAUGGUCAUCGCGACUGGAUCGGGAUUGAUCCAUCUAAUGUCAAGAAUGAUCAACCAUCUCAUAAGCGAUCUAUUCGUCUUUUGGACUUUGCUUGUGGCCCCGGUAUCAUCUCCCAGGUCCUUGGACCGCACGUGUCCCAAGUGCGAGGCAUCGAUGUCUCUGAAAAAAUGAUUGAAGAAUACAACAAGUCCGCCAUUGCCCAAGAAAAGGGCAAGGAAUUCAUGCAUGCAGUCCAGGGCGACUUGCUCGACCCUGCGGGAGCUGAUAAGAAGCUCGAUCUCCCGGAUUUGUACGAAUUCGAUCUUGCCGUGGUCAGCUUAGCUAUGCACCACUUUGAGGACCCCGAUUUGGCGGUCAGGCGGAUCGGGGAGAGAUUGAAGAAGGGCAGCGGCGUGCUACUGGUCAUUGAUUUCCUAGACGGAAGCUCUAACGAAGAGUCAAUUUUUCAACGUGUCGCCAAGGGUCACAAGGUGCUUACGCCUGCAGAAAAUGAGAAGCUCAACGCGUUACCGGCUGCACAGAGACAGCGCAUUGAGACGGCGUUGAAUGGAGCCACCCCAACUAUCAAAAACCCGGCCUUCAGCAAAGCUCGCAUGGAAGAAUUGUUCAAGAAUAAUGGAUUUGGAAAGAAUUUUGAAUUCCUUACCUUGGAGGGAAACUUUGAACGAAUGGGAGUCUUUAGCACGAAAUUGUUCAUGAGUAAGGCACAGCUUUCUUAG